UUUUGGUGCAUCGUUGUGCAUUAUUCGCAGAAUUAUGGCUGGUGAAAAAUACAGCGUAAAAGCCAAGCCGAAGGCAGCUUCAGCUCCUGCCUCUGCCAAUCCGGAGGCGGAUUUCGCCAACUCGAAGGCAGUUGCCAAAGCUACGGCGGUUUCAAAGGUGAUUCCAUCCAAACAGAAGGCGGCUCCUGUUUCACGCUCGGCCCGUGCUGGACUUAUGUUCCCUGUGGGCAGAGUACACAGACAAUUGAAAAAUCGCACCACUAGCCGUGUAAGAGUCGGUGCUACGGCUGCGGUAUACUCAGCUGCUGUUUUGGAAUAUCUAACAGCCGAGGUUGUUGAGUUGGCAGGAAACGCCAGUAAAGAUUUUAAAGUUAAAAGAAUCACCCCUCGUCAUCUACAAUUGGCCAUUAGAGGAGAUGAAGAAUUGGACUGUCUAAUCAAGGCUACUAUUGCCGAAGCUGGUGUCAUACCGCACAUCCACAGACUGUUGGUCGACAAGACAGAAGCCGAACGCUGGCAGUCAGUAUAAACAACCAUCCUGAAAAUUUAGAUUUAAAUGUUAGUAGUUAGGGUACCUAUGUAUGAAUGUAUGAAUAAUGUGGCUAAGCGCUGGUUAAAUACACUCACUAAAAUAAUUAAUUUCUUUAAGAAACAUGUUUUUUAAUAAUUUUAACUUGAUUUGUGAUUUCAGUUUCGGUUUUUGUUAGUGCACAAACUAAACAUUAG